UUUUUUUUUCCCGGCGGGCUGCGAUGCCCGCGCAGAGGACACUCUCGAGAACGGCGCCGGUGACAUGGAGCGGGCUCUGCUUUUCUCGCUGCUCCUAACGGCCGCCACCGCUUUGCACGCAGAACGUUUCCUUUGCACCCUCGGGAGUUUCCGGUGCGAUGACGGUGGGCAGGUUCUGCUGUGCCAGCGGUGCGACGGGAAGCGGGACUGCGGCGACGGCAGCGACGAGAAAGGCUGUCGAGUCGGCAAUGUCUCGUGCGGACCCCGCGGGAGGCGGUGCGGCAGCGACGGCCCUUGCCUGCCCUUGGACAGGAUAUGUGAUGGCCACGGUGAUUGCCCGGACAAUUCCGACGAGUCCUUACAUUCCUGCGGUUAUUGGGCAAACAUGACUUCCCCAGCCUGCCCGAUGGACGAGUUUCAAUGCGAACCGAGGGGACAGUGCUUCCCUCUGGUGUUUGUGUGUGACGGCCAUUCUGAUUGUCUGGACGAGAGGGAUGAACGAGGCUGCCUUCUGGACUUCCCAGUGGUUUCGGUAACGCCACCAGCCACUCAGACAGAUGGCGUGCCUGUCCCUGGAAAUGCAAUGCCUGUGGAUUUAGUGGUUCUUUCCAUCAUCGCGUUCCUGGCUGUCGUGGUGGCUGCUCUUUUUGCCUCCGUCUGGAGCCGUGCAAAAGCGAGGCAUCUGGCAAGCUUCAAGUGGGAUCACGGGUCAGAGCAGCUGAUGGCAAAACAGCAGCCUUGAGAGACUCCUUUCUUCGAGAGCUGGCCUGCCUUCGGAAGCAUGGCGUCUGAUUCAACACGUCCUCUGAGAAGAACGGCCAACCUUUUAGUCCCUGCCAGGCCCUCGUGCUGCUCCCGCCAAUUUCCACAGGUGCCUUCAGUUGAGAACUUCAGGUGCACUUCCAAGUUAGAAGGUCAAUCGCUUUCUCAAGGGAGACCUCCCUGUCGCUGGUCCUCGUCAUCUCAAAACAUAUUUAUUUCUGCUAUCUGGCUCCUUGAUCUUCCAUGGCAAAGAGCCGCUGAGUUUAGCCACUGUAGCUGUGAACAGAGGCUCAAAAGGGUACUGGAAAAUGUGGGGCGCUUUAAUAAAAACAGCAUCAUUAUCCAGUA